CAGGCCAUCACCAACAUCUGCAUGAUCGAGAAGAGCACUGUUUCACAUAUCUGGAUUUACUUUGCGUUUGACAGGCCACAAAAAAGAUGAAUAUAAACGAAAAGGGCGUGCACCACAUGGUUGUGCGCACACGGCGGAGCAAAAAAGGGGAGCACAGGAACAUCUUCAUGUUUUUCACAAGAUACCACCGAGCGUUUUCCUUGUUUUUCAUGUUGAUUUCAUUUUCUUUUUUUUUCUUUUCAACCAUUCUUCCAUCUCGGCAUGGCAUGGGCAUCAUGGGUCUACAAAUGAGGUUUUUUUUGCAUGUGGCGCUUUGGCAGAGAAUGCAUAUGGCAUGCGCAUCGAGAUCAUGGUUUUUCUUCUUUGUGAUGUAUAGAAGGGCAGCCGAGGUGUGAAGAAACACAAAACAAAACAGACAAAAAUCAAUACAAAAAAAAGUUGAAAUCAAACGCUGAGUAC